GGCGGCGUAACGCCUCAGGGAAAGGGAAGCGGAUGGGACCGCAAAUCGCUGCCUCUGGCUUUUAAUUUUUCUGCCGACAGGCUUUGGUCACUGAUCCUUCAUCUUUUGUUUAUUGCACGCAUCCCGCCCUCCCCACUUGCUUUCCCACUCCUUGGAUCCAGCCCUCUGGGCAUGCACGCCUGUUCUCUGACCCCGCCGUAAGCCCCUCCUGGUCCCCGGGCGGGUCUGGCACGGAGGCGGUAACUAUGGAGAAUAUGGCGGAGGAGGAGCUGCUUCCCCUGGAGAAGGAGGAGGAGGUGGCCCAGGCCCAGGUCCUGAUCUCGGCCCCGGACUCGGCUCGGGUCCCAGCUCCGGCCCCGGACUCGGCUCCGACUCCGGAUUCGGCUCCGACUCCGGCCUCGGCUCCAGCCCCAGCCCCUGCCCUGGCUCAGGCUCCGGCCCUGUCCCCGUCCCUAGCCUCUGCCCCUGACGAGGCUGAAAGCAAGAGACACAUCUCAAUUCAAAGGCAGCUUGCUGACCUAGAGAAGUUAGCUUUUGAAACUGAAGAUUUUGACUCUUCUAGUUCAUUGAACUCAGAUAAUCUUGACGCAGGAAACAAACAGGCUUGUCCAUUGUGCCCUAAGGAGAAAUUCAGAGCUUGUAACAGUCAUAAGCUUCGUAGGCACCUUCAAAAUUUACACUGGAAAGUCUCAGUUGAAUUUGAAGGUUACAGAAUGUGCAUCUGUCACUUACCUUGUCGCCCAGUGAAACCGAAUAUUAUUGGAGAACAGAUAUCCAGUAAAAUGGGCGCCCAUUAUCAUUGUAUCAUUUGUUCAGCAACAAUCACCAGAAGGACUGAUAUGCUUGGACACGUUAGGCGCCACGUGAAUAAAGGAGAGACUAAAUCCAGGUAUAUUGCUGCUUCUGCUGCUAAACCACCUAAUGAAAUUUUGAAAGAGGCAGACACAGAUGUACAAGUUGGUCCUAACUAUUCCAUACCUCAGAAAACAGAUUCCUAUUUUAAUCCCAAAAUGAAACUAAAUCGGCAGCUGAUAUUCUGUACUUUGGCUGCUCUGGCCGAGGAACGAAAACCACUGGAAUGUCUAGAUGCCUUUGGAGCCACUGGGAUAAUGGGAUUACAAUGGGCAAAACAUCUUGGAAAUGCAGUCAAGGUUACAAUUAACGACUUGAAUGAAAACUCUGUGACCUUGAUUCAGGAAAACUGCCAUUUAAACAAAUUAAAAGUGGUGGUGGACAGUAAGGAGAAAGAAGAGAGUGAUGAAGUUCUUGAAGAAGGAGAGGAAAAACUUGGUAAUAUUCAGGUGACCAGAAUGGAUGCCAAUGUGCUGAUGCAUUUGAGAUCCUUCGAUUUCAUACACCUAGACCCUUUUGGAACCUCAGUGAACUAUCUUGAUUCUGCAUUCAGAAAUAUAAGAAACCUUGGCAUAGUGUCAGUGACUUCCACAGACAUCAGUUCUUUAUAUGCCAAGGCACAGCACGUCGCCCGGCGUCACUAUGGCUGUAACAUUGUCCGGACUGAGUACUACAAGGAACUAGCAGCCCGGAUUGUUGUGGCAGCAUUGGCAAGAGCUGCAGCUCGAUGUAACAAAGGCAUAGAAGUGCUGUUUGCAGUGGCUCUGGAACAUUUUGUCUUGGUGGUGGUGAGAGUUUUGAGGGGCCCUACUUCUGCAGAUGAAACAGCCAAGAAGAUUCAGUAUCUUAUCCAUUGUCAGUGGUGUGAAGAGAGGAUUUUUCAGAAGGAUGGUAAUAUGGUAGAAGAAAACCCGUACAGACAGCUGCCCUGUAACUGUCAUGGAAGCAUGCCCGGAAAGACAGCGAUAGAACUUGGACCUCUAUGGUCAAGCUCCCUCUUCAACACUGGAUUUCUAAAAAGAAUGCUGGUGGGGUCUCUUCACCACGGCCUGGACGACAUCCAGCCGCUGGUCAAGACGCUCAUCUUCGAGUCGGAGUGCAGCCCCCAGAGUCAGGUUGCAGUUCACUCUCCUUCCAACCCCAGCAAGCAAGAAGAAUGUGGUGUAUUUAUUAAAACCACAGAUGAUACCACAACAGAUAAUUAUGUGGCACAAGGAAAAAGAAAAGGUAGUGAAACAGUCACCAGUUUAGCCAAGAAGCAAAAGACCGACGUCAGUACUGAACAUCCUCCCUUUUAUUACAACAUCCACAGACACAGCAUUAAAGGGAUGAACAUGCCCAAGUUAAAAAAGUUUCUGUGCUAUCUUUCUCAAGCAGGCUUUCGAGUAAGCCGAACGCAUUUUGACCCCAUGGGUGUUCGUACAGAUGCACCUUUGCUGCAGUUUAAGUCCAUCCUUUUAAAGUACAGCACCCCCACCUACACUGGAGGACAGUCGGAGGGCCACGUCCCGCCAGCACCGGAAGACACGGCAGCUGACAGGGUGGAGACGGCAGUGAAUGACAAAGCAGAGGCCAGCAGCUGUAGGAGACGGUGAACGCAGAGAAGGCCUUACUCCCAGACGUCUGCAUAGCUGGCCCGAGAGUUCUCCAUACCACCUGUAGCUCUUUUUUAUUCUUCCAAGUCAGUGGUGUAAAAAUAAAAUAAAAACGUGCUGUUUUCAUUCAGAAAAUGAGCAGUUUUUACUUAACUGGUUUGGGAGCUAUGCUUUCCAAGUUUUUCUUACUUUAGAGAAAACUUAAAAUUGUAAUGAAAACAUUUCCUAUGAAGCCAAGGUUAUGAGUGAGAUCACCCUGUUUAACGACUAAGAAAAUUUCCACAUGCAAUGUGUUUGGGGUUUUACGUAUGUCACGGAAGCCAUUCUUUACCAUUCGGAAUGGCAUCUCGGCUUACAUUGAUGCUGAAUAGGAAGAACAAUGUCGUUUCAGGUCACUGAUACAUUUCACACUCACCAAGUUAAAAAUCAUUCCUGAUUUUAAGAAACCAUAAUUCUCCCCACACUGACCUUUUAAUUUCUAGCUUUUCAGAAAUUUAAUACUUGCCUGAGAUAGACAUUUUUCUAAUGUUUAAGGUCUAUAUGACUAAACUUCAGAAUAAGAUUUCGUCAAAGAAAAUCGACACCAUGGUUCUCAUUAAUCAGUAACUGUACCCAAGCACUGAACUCAAGGAGAGAGUUUUAAUAUAUUCAACAAGCUGGGCGAUCUCAAGUGCCUCAGCUAAUACACAUACAAUAUUCACUCGCUUGGUUGCUACCUCAGAUGUAAAAGGUGCCACCUUAUAAACUUAGGGAUUUAUUUUAGUGAGUUUUUUUUUUUACUUUGGGGGGUGGGGGUGUGUAUGUGUUAUUUUUUGUAUAAGUAGCCCAGGCUAACA